GGAGUGGUACAGUAUAUAUAGCCUUGGUUGUGUGAGCGCCAUACGUACAAACAAACAUGAAAGCCCUGAUUCUUCUGGCUUUGCUCGGAGCAGUGUUUGCUGUCCCGGUGGAGGAGAGGGAUGAGAAGGUUGUCGGAGGGUAUGAGUGCCCUGCCCACUCUGUGCCCUACCAAGUGUCUCUGAACGCUGGCUACCACUUCUGCGGUGGCUCCCUGAUCUCCAGCCAGUGGGUGGUGUCUGCUGCCCACUGCCACAAGUCUCGUAUCCAGGUGCGUCUGGGUGAGCACAACAUCGAGCAGAACGAGGUCACUGAGCAGUGGAUCGACUCCGCCAAGCUAAUCAAGCACCCCAACUACGACAGUUACACCCUGGACAACGACAUCAUGCUGAUCAAGCUGAGCAAGCCUGCCACCCUCAACAGCUACGUCCAGACUGUGGCCCUGCCCUCCCGCUGCCCCCAGGCCGACGAGAACUGCCUGGUGUCCGGCUGGGGCAACACCAUCCCCAAUGGAAACAGCUUUCCUACUAAACUCCAGUGCCUGAGGCAGCCCAUCAUCGAUCACAGAAUCUGCGAGAAUGCUUACCCCCAUCUGUUCACAGAGAACAUGGUAUGCUCUGGAUUCAUGCACGGAGGAGCCAGCAGCUGUCAGGGGGAUUCCGGUGGACCCCUGGUGUGUAAUGGUCAGCUGCAGGGUGUGGUGUCCUGGGGUUACGAGUGUGCCCAGGAGGGACACCCCAGCGUCUAUGCCCGCGUUUGCCAAUACAACAACUGGAUCAGCGAUAUCAUGAGCAGCAACUAAACACAAAUACACAGUGUUGCACACACACACACAUGUACUGUAAUGCUCACACACUCAUUCAAGGUCACACUAACUAUGCCAAUCAGAAACAUUCACUCUACCUCUGAGUCAACAGACAGUGUAUCAGUCAAUACGUUGGGAUACUGUGCAGCACUCUCACACCCUGUCAGUAAUAUUCCCUUUGGAACACACACACACACUAUAUCCUGUGCAGACUACAGUCUACCACCAGAGAAGUUUAGGCUAUAUCUAUGAAAUGAACUACAAUAAAUCCUAUCAGUGUGUUUUUUUCUUCUUCAAAA